UCAUUUAAUUUUAACGUGGAUCAAAAAAUAUUUUUUAAAAAUAAUUCUUAAAAAAAAAUGGGGCCCACCGGCGCUGAAUUUGAAAAGCAAAGAUUUCCCUCUCAUUUUAAUCCUCCGUCGUUUCAUACUGAGAAAGAAGUGGAGAAAAAAAAAAAAAAAAAAAAAAAACUAUGGAUGUUACUCUGACAGAGUCGAACGAUUCCUCCUCUGCUCACGACCCUCUCUUCCCAUGGCUCCUGUCGAUCAAGAAGGCAUUAGACGAAUGGUACUCAGGGAACCGCACUGAUGCAGAUCUCGACAAGCUUUUAUCAGAUUGUAUCUCCACUUUCAAGCACAUUGCCCAGUACCGAAACGACCUUAGAUUUCUCAAGAUUUGGUUCAUUUAUUUGGAAGGCAGUAAAGAUUUCGGAAGUAUUUUUAGAGAAAUGGAGGAGAAUGAGAUAUGUAUUGGACAUUCUCUACUUUAUGAAUGGUAUGCAUAUUUCCUUGAAGCCAAGGGGAAGUGGAAGGAAGCACACAUGGUUUACCAGAUUGGCAUUUCAAGGAAAGCUGAGCCGCUUGAGAAGCUGAAGGGGGCACAAUCCUUAUUUGUUAAAAGAAUGUCUGAAAGGCUUAACACUUCCUCAUUUGGGAAGAUUGACAGAGGCGAACAAGAUGAGUUUGGCAAAAAAUUUAUUAAUCCAUGGUCCACCUUCACCAUGGAAGAGCUUUCAAAGAAGAUACAUCCUCAAAUUACAAACUAUGAUGGAUACCACCUGAGUAAGAAAGUUUACUCUGGAAAAGUGGCCUUAUCUUUGUUGAAGAAAUCGUCAAGGAAUAAAAUUAUUGAGAUUGGAGGAAAGAAGUAUCAGAUCAAGGGGUGUGCUGGUCAGGGUGGGUUUGCUCAAGUAUUUAAAGCAUACAUUGAUAGCAAUCCUCAUGAUGUUGUUGCAUUAAAGAUACAAAAGCCUGCUUUCCCUUGGGAAUUCUACAUGUACCGUCAACUUGAUGAACGCAUCUCAGACAGACAGAGAUCAAGCUUUGGUUUUGCUCAUAAAAUUCAUAUCUAUUCCGACUGUAGCAUACUCAUAUGUGACUAUCUAUCUCAUGGGACACUUCAGGAUGCCAUUAAUUCUUAUGUGGUUACUGGCAAGGCCAUGGAAGAGGUAUUGUGUAUUUUUUACACUACAGAGAUGCUUUACAUGUUGGAAACUUUGCAUGGUGUUGGCAUCAUUCAUGGUGAUUUCAAGCCUGAUAAUCUUCUCAUUCGCUAUUCUAAGGAUGACCUCUCGGAAGAAGGGUUUAAAGAUCGAACUGGCCGUUGGCGUGAUCAGGGUCUUUGCCUUGUUGACUGGGGUAGGGGUAUAGAUAUGCAUCUAUUUCCAGACAACACAGAAUUUACAGGUGAUUGUCGAACUUCCGGGUUUCGUUGUAUUGAAAUGCGAGAGAAAAAGCCAUGGACUUUCCAGGUGGACACAUAUGGCCUAUGUGUUGUUGUCCAUAUGAUGCUGCAUAAUGCUUACAUGGAGAUUGAAAAAAAAGCCUCAGACAAUGGCUACAUUUAUCUGCCAAAAUCAUCUUUUAAACGAUAUUGGAAUGUUGACCUAUGGAAGAAUCUCUUUACAAAGCUGCUUAAUGUUAGCCCAGGCAACAAUGAUAGAGAGUUGUUGCAUAGCUUGAGGAAGUCAUUCCUGGACUACAUGCAUGAUAACCCACUGCUUGUAAAGAAAUUAAAGGAAUUGCUUGUGAAACAACGGGCUACCUUGUGUUCUGCUUAAUGAACCUUUGGUCAUCAGCAUUCCAGAAGAUAUUUCGCAACAUUCUUGUAAUUUUUUAGUGGAUAACAAGUUGGAAGUUGCUAUCUAAAACUGAUUUAAACGGAGAAAUCUCUUGACUUCUUCAUAAUAGAUCAUAUGUACAGCCAUAAAUUCUAGCAUCAGUUUGUUGUUAUAUUGCUGUAUUUUGCUAGUAUACAGGUACAAUUUUACAGCCUGGUGGGUAGUCCAUUGUAAAAGAACUUUCCGGGUAGUCUUUCAGAAGAAUUGAUUCAAUGAUGUAUGAAUAGCUACUACUAAUGUUUUUCAGGAUUAUGGCAGGCAGCAAUAGAUUUGGUAACUUCAAAUAUGAUACAGUUAUAUGAA